UAAAGGAAUAUAAUCUCCUCUAGGGUUUUAGUUUUAAAUUCUUAUAAGUUUUCUCUUAAUUAAUCUCAAUUACAAGUUGAUUAAGAUCAAUGGAAGAUUCUUCUAAUUUUCCUGAGAACGCGAUAACUCUAACGAGUUCAGAUGGAGUGACGUACGAAAUCGAAGAAGACGUUGCAGUGCAAAUAAAAACAAUCCAUAUGUUUUUUGAAGAUUUGCCUGUAAAUGGAAGAAAGUUUCCGGUGCCGGAUGUAACCGGAGUUACACUAGGCAAGGUUAUCGAGUACUGUGAAAAACAUGUGGAAAGCCCUAAUAGCAGUAAGCCUGAGUAUAUUCAAGAACUCAAGAAAUGGGAUCAAGAAUUCGUGAAGGGUCUUGAUCUGUCCAUUCUAUUUGAUGUAAUAGAAGCUGCUGACUUUUUGUAUGUUAAAUCUUUGUUGGAAUUGACAUGCGAAGCUGUAGCGGAUAUGAUCAGAGGCAAAACGCCGGAGGAGAUCAGGAAAACUUUCAACAUCAUUAAUGAUUUUACACCUGAAGAAGAGGCACAAGUUCGUAAAGAGAAUGAAUGGGCUUUCGUAUAAUAAAUACUUCUAGUUAGCAACUUAAAAAAAAAAAAAAUAGU